UCCGUCCACAUCCUGCCAUUUACUUGCGCUUGCGCAGUCCUGCGAGUCUGACCUUCAUCGAAGUAAUUAUGUUCGCCAGGACCAGCGCGUUGGUGUUCCUCCCACAAUGUGGGCAGGUCAGGAACAUGGCUACCUUGAAAGACAUCACCAUCCGUUUGAAGUCCAUCAAGAACAUCCAAAAGAUCACCAAGUCCAUGAAGAUGGUGGCCGCUGCUAAGUAUGCCCGCGCUGAGAGGCAGCUGAAGCCCGCCCGUGUCUAUGGAAAUGGUGCUGUGGCCCUGUACGAGAAGGCUGAGAUCAAGGCCCCGGAGGGAGUGGCCAACAAGCACCUCCUGAUCGGUGUGUCGUCUGACCGUGGUCUCUGUGGCGCCGUCCAUUCCAAUGUGGCCAAGGCCAUCAAGGCCAAGAUUGCUACCCUCACCGGCGAGGGCAAGGAGGUGAUGGUAGUCAAUGUGGGGGACAAGCUGAGGAACAUCCUGCAGAGGACACAUAGCAAUUACCUGCUGCUCAGCUGCAAAGAGGUGGGCCGCAAGCCCCCCACCUUUACCGACGCUUCCAUCGUCGCCACAGAGCUGCUCAACAUGGGCUACGAGUUUGACCAGGGUGCUGUCAUCUACAACAGAUUCAGGUCUGUGAUCUCCUACAAGACUGACGAGAAGCCCAUCUUCUCCAUUGAUACUGUUGCUAAUUCAGAGAACAUGGGCAUCUAUGAUGACAUUGAUGCUGACGUGCUGAGGAACUACCAGGAGUUUGCCCUGGUCAACAUAAUCUACUUUGGCCUGAAGGAGUCCACAACCAGCGAGCAGAGUGCCAGGAUGACCGCUAUGGACAGCGCCAGCAAGAACGCCUCUGAAAUGAUUGAUAAGCUGACCCUCACCUUCAACCGUACCAGGCAGGCUGUCAUCACCAAGGAGCUCAUUGAGAUCAUCUCUGGAGCUGCUGCCCUGACCUAAAUCACGUGAUCGUAGAUAAAUGGACGAGGUCCUCCUGCCAUCCAUCGCCAGUGGUUCUGGAAUACAUGCUUCUAAAUACGAGAGUUUAUGAACAUUUGUGCUUCUAUUUGUAAAAUAUAUGGGGGGAAUAAUUAACCUCUUACAGAGAAACAUGUUCCCUUCAGAUGUCCUCCUAGUUCCACUCACAAUAAAUCCUACUUGUGACCAUGAAAAAGAUGAGUGUUGAGAUGUUUGAACAUAAACCUAGGCUACAAUUUUACAUUGCUGUUUUGUUUUCCUUCUGCCUGAACAAUGGAAAUGGACUUCCAAAUAUAGGCUAUAGUCUAUGGCAGGUAUUCCCCAACUGGGGUACGCCAAAUAAAAAUACAUUUCAAAUCA